CGCAUCGUUCACAUAGCACCGACCGCUUCGUGUGUGUUUGCGUGUGCGUGUGUGAGUGAGUGUUCGUGCGUGCGCGCGCGUGUGUGUCUGUGUGUGUGUGUACGCGCGUCCGUUUGUGUGUGCGUGCGUCCGUCGGUCGUGUACGCCGAUACAAUACCAUCAUAACGCGAUCCCGAUACCGACUCGCCCGUCCACUCGCGCAGUCCGUUAAUCUCGUUUAGUUGUCGUUUUUAUUGUUAUUAUUAUUACUAUCAUCUCUCGUUACUAUUAUUAUUACGUUUCGUCUCUUUGCGGUUUUUUUCAACCCACCGGCACCGUCAGCUUUGCAUGGGAUCGUCGUCUGUCUUCUGCUGUCGCCGCUACACCCUUCACCGAGCUCAAAGCACAUAAAAGAUACAUUUAAAGAAUUUAAUAUAUAUUUGAGACAAUAUCAAAUAAAAUGCGGGAAUACAAGAUAGUUGUUCUGGGCAGUGGUGGAGUUGGUAAAUCUGCAUUGACAGUGCAAUUUGUGCAAGGUAUAUUUGUUGAAAAGUAUGAUCCAACUAUAGAAGACAGUUAUCGUAAACAAGUUGAAGUGGAUGGACAACAAUGUAUGCUUGAAAUUCUUGAUACAGCUGGAACGGAACAAUUUACAGCAAUGAGAGAUUUGUAUAUGAAAAAUGGCCAAGGAUUUGUUCUCGUAUAUUCUAUUACAGCACAAUCAACAUUUAAUGAUUUACAAGAUUUACGAGAACAAAUUUUAAGAGUAAAGGACACUGAUGAUGUCCCCAUGGUAUUAGUGGGAAACAAGUGUGAUUUAGAAGAAGAAAGAGUAGUUGGUAAAGAACAUGGUGUGAAUCUUGCUCGUCAAUUCAAUUGUGCUUUUAUGGAAACAUCCGCUAAAGCUAAAAUUAAUGUCAUUGAUAUAUUCUACGACUUAGUGAGACAGAUCAACAAAAAAAGUCCAGAGAAAAAACAGAAACAAAAAAAGAAGUCGCUAUGCGCUCUUCUUUAAAUAGCUUAAUAACAAUGAUGAAACAACAAUCAAUGCCAACAAUCCACGUAGAAAGAAAGGAAUGUUUAACAAUGUGGUAAAAAUAUUGUUUUAUGAGUCAAUGCUAAAUUUGUUAUUGCUUACUAAUUUUUAUUUUAAAUGGCUAAAUCGACUUUUCCAAAUUGCUUUUGUACUUUUUUUUUUUAAUUUAUAAGUACCUAAUUAUUAUUAUUAUUAUUAUUAUUAUUUUAUUGUUCAUUAUUGGAUAUAGCCAAAAUUGUAAUAUUUUCUGAGGCCUGGAUCUUUGUAUAUACCAUUAAUUAUAAAACAUUUUACACAAAUUAACAACAAUGUGUAAUUGGCCGUUUUUGUUUGUAAAUCUAAUGUGUCAAUAAUCCCUUAUUUUUCUAACUGCAUUUUUGAAAACAUUACCUUUUUUUUUCUCUAUUUUUAAAAUGUUAAUUAAAAAUAUAAAUAUUCUUAACAUAGUUUUCCAUAUAAGUGCCAACAUUUAAAGUUAUAUACAAUUUUCAUCUAUAAAUUAAAUCUGCCGCGUAUUAUUUCUGAAUUUGAAGUUCAUAACUCAUCAAUCACAUAUUAUGUUAAAAUAUUUACUCAUUAACAAACGUUCCAAUUUUAAAAUUGUGAUUAUUUUGAAAAUUAUGCUGCCAAUAAUAACUGUUGUUUCUUGGUAAUUUAAAAAUCUGCACAUAAGUUUUAGAUUCGCAAUAAAUCAACCAUGACAUAUUGAUGAAUUCAUUAAAUUAUUCAUCAACAUUAGAAGUACCAUAAACUUAAAACUCCCAUGGCAUAAUACACAAACUUACAAUAAUAUAUUUAUCCAUUCCAGUACUAAUUUUAUUACUAACUAUUUCUUUUUUCAAUAUUAUUAUAUGUAUCUUGAUUUAAAAUAUAUAUAUAUAUAUUAUUAUAUAUUAUUCA